AUUAUAUUUGCCUAGGGUUUACGUCGACACAAACCCGGCAAAAAUCGCAGUUCGCUCAUCAAAUCGGCUCAAAUAACUUAAUUAACUGGGCACCAACGAAAUCAAAAUCGAUGGUGAUCGCACUUGGGUUCUUUUUGCUCUUCGUCUUGGCAAGUGAGCAACUACAAGCAGACGCUCAUCAGCUUGCAACCAAUGGGAUGGGAAGCACGUGUGAUCCCUACUCUGGACACACUAACGGCUCUGUUGCCUUCAGGGCCCAAUUAGUCGGCCAGUCGACAAACUUCGCUUUACACUCAACAGUUCGCACUACACCAACAGUGGCAGCUAAAUCAAGGUCGAACGUCUUCUUACGGGAAAUCUUGUCGGAAAGUUGCAAGUUCUUGUUCUGGUGGCUGUUAUGUGGGGUCGAGCGCUACUCCUGUCCGGACCAGAAUCUCCGUGAUCCCCAAGUGCCCGAUUCAAACUGUUCAAAGCUCGCAGGAAGGCGGUGUUUGGAUCUUCAUGGUGACAAAGACUCUUCGACAACAAAUAAUGACCUGCCAGAUGUAAUGUGCCGCCUUCCAGAGAUGCGAGGCCAUUGCAGAGCGCUGAUCAUGCGAUGGCGAUACGAUCCAGAGACUGGCAAAUGCGACGAGUUCGGGUUUGGGGGCUGCGAUGGGAACAGCAACAAUUUUCCUACCCGAAAGGCCUGCAUGGACAUGUGCGCAGAGGUGCGAUAAUGGUCCAAUGUGGAGCAACUGAGGACGUUCGGUGGUACAAAUUAUCGACUUAAAAUUGUUUUAUUUAUUUACAAUUGUUAUUGUUUGCAAUAAAAGCUG